CAUGUACCUAGAUGCUGAAGGGCGCAACAUCGUCUAUAAACCAUCCGAUUCGGCGACUUUAGCUCAUUUCACUCAUGGGCAUAUAGAACCAAGUGGUAUAACCACUCCUGGCUCUCCUGGUACCUCGAAAUAUCUAAUCAGGUCGGGAUUGAUGCACGCGUUUUUAUGCAUAUUCAGGUACUUUGAUCCUGAGAGUAUCCAUUUUGUCGUUUAGAUUCCUAAAGGAAGCAAACUACGUUUACCUGCUAUGAGGUUUCUGAGUAAACCGUGGCUCGUGGCCAGGAGUCGUUAUAGCCAUGUCGCCUACCAGAGGCUAUUUUCAAGCUCAAGGAAGCUAAGCCAAGUAUCAAACCGGGCACAUUUAGCAGCUUUGAAAGGAACCCUCAAAGUAUCCGAAGAGGUGACUGAUGCAUUAGCUACAAACAAGCCCGUGGUCGCGCUUGAAUCAACCAUUUAUACUCAUGGAGCUUUAGGUAAUGACCUAGACUUGGAGGGCGUCGUUCGACGCAACGGUGGUGUGCCUGCUGUCGUUGGUAUCCUAGGAGGGGUGCCUACGGUUGGCCUCCUACCUGACGAAGUCGCUCGCAUGGUCGAAGGUUCACCAAAGAAAGUAUCUCGACGAGAUAUUGCCUACCUAGUUGGCAUGGGUCUGGCCGGUAAUAAGACCCAUGGAGGGACAACCAUCGCCGGCACUAUGAUUCUCGCAAGGCUUGCCGGAAUCCGAGUUUUCGGGACGGGUGGUCUUGGUGGUGUACACCGUGGUGGACACGAAUCAUUCGAUAUUUCUGCCGAUCUUACCGAACUUGGUAGGACGCGGAUGGCAGUAAUCAGCAGCGGUUGCAAGGGAUUUCUGGAUAUUCCUAGGACUUUGGAGUAUUUGGAGACUCAAGGCGUGCUUGUGUCGACCUUCGCCGACGGCCGGACAGGUGCCGUAGAUUUCCCAGCAUUCUGGGCGCGAGACAGUGGCGUCAAGAGCCCAUCUAUUGUUCACGAUGAGGAACAGGCGGCUUCUAUUAUCCUGGCACAAGAGAGGUUGGGCAUUGAGUCAGGUCUGUUACUCGCUAAUCCGAUACCUGAGGAGUUUUCUAUUCCUCGGAGCGAGAUGGAUGUUGUUAUUGAACAAGCUGUCAACGAAUCAACGCAACAAGGGGCUCUUGGCAACGAAAACACCCCUUUCAUCUUAAAGAGGAUCAGGGAACUCACCCAGGGCAGGAGUGUGCCAGCAAAUAAAGCCUUAGUGCGGGCGAAUGUAGAACGAGCUACCAAAAUAGCUACUGCGCUUUCACGGCUCAUCGCGGAAGAAUCCUUACCACCUAAGACAUCGGUGCAGAAACCCAGCUUUCAAAUCGGGAAGGGGAAUACACCGAUAGACGAACCAACAAAAGAUACUGAUGUCAUUUCUCAGGCAGAUAUUUUGGUCGCCGGUUCCGUGGCUGUUGACUUAAGCUGUGACUAUGUCGGCGAAGACUCGUUAGAACACCCCCCUCCUCAUCUACAUACAUCCAAUCCAGCCCAUAUCGGCCAAUCUAUAGGUGGCGUUGGUCGCAACGUGGCGCUUGCGGCCCAAAGAGUCAUGCAAAGUCCCAAAGUGAGACUCUGUAGCUUGAUUGGUGAUGACAUCGCUGGCUCAACUAUACUCUCUUCCUUACACACAAGCGGCAUGGACACAUCAUGCAUUAGGCAACUGAGCAGCGAGCAUUACCCAUCUAGUCGGACUGCUCAGUACGUGGCGGUCAAUGAUGCUUACAAAAAUCUAGUCAUGGGAAUGGCGGAUAUGGGGAUUUUUGCAGCUCACUCAUUCCCAGAGCACUGGAAUUCUACAAUAAGAGCAUCAAAGCCUAAGUGGCUGGUGGUUGAUGGCAACUGGACAGACCAUGACAUACGAACUUGGAUACGGGCUGGCAAAGAUAACGAUGCCCACGUAGCUUUCGAGCCGGUUUCGAGGGAGAAGUCUACCCGUCUUUUUUGCAACGAAAAAGACCUGGAAAAUCUGGGCAUCUUCCCAAAACAUAGUGUCGACCUAGCGACGCCUAAUCAGUAUGAGCUGGCAGCUAUGCAUGCAGCUGCACAGCGAUACGAAUAUCUAGACAACCCACGGUGGUGGGAGAUUAUCGACGCUUUCGGCAUGAGAGGGGCGAGGGAUCGCUUUAUUAAGCUUACCUCUGCUGACAUGACAGAUGACGGUAUUCCACAGCAGGUCGUCCAGCUUCUUCCAUACAUCCCUACCAUCAUCACCAAGAUGGGAAGUGGUGGCGCUUUGAUGGCAACGGUCUUGAGGAGGGACGAUCCUCGCCUAUUGGACCCGGCGUACGAGAGGUUCAUCCUCUCAAGAUGCCUUAAUGACCAUCCAGAUGUUGGAGGCGUCUAUAUGAGACUGUUCCCGGCCAUAGAAGAGGUGGAUGACAUCGUCUCAGUAAAUGGAGUUGGCGAUACGUUCCUUGGUGUACUGAUUGCAGGUUUAGCACAGGGCGGGAGAGCUGAGAACAUCCUGAACAUUGCUCAGAAAGGUGCCGUCUUAACGCUUCGAAGUCCUGAGUCUGUAAGCGAAGACUUAGGUACUUUAAGGGGUGAGCUAAGCGCUGCUGUGAUUUAACUACGAUAGCUUGGCUUCGGUGCAUCUUGGUAUCGAGGGCUAUAUUAUUUCAAUUGUAAUAGGUGUAAUGUAUGGAAAAGUAUAAGUAUGAUCUCAUGUCUGAUGGGAAAUAUUACGAUGAUAGGUACAUAUAAAACAGUACGUACCUUAAGCUGCAAGAUGGGACAGGGGUAGUGGCGCUAGAUAGUGGGGCACAUGCAAUGCUUCUGAAAGGUAAAAAAAAAGUUCAAUCGGUGCUACGAUAGCAAUUCUGAUCUUUGCCAUGCUAAAUUCAAC